CAACACGCGACAAAAUCAUCUUAUAUCAACAACCGCGUCCAAUGUGACGUGCUGAAGCUUUCUGAAUUGCUAGAGUAAAGUACAGCAAGAUGCCGGCACCUGGCGAGCAGCACCUCAAUUCUGGUGGGAAACAAAUAACAAAUCCUUUCGAAGAAGUCAAACCACGACUCUCGGAAUACACCGCGCAAGAAAUUGCAACACUACAGAGUCGCCUGGAGAAGCAAUUGGGUCCUGAGUACAUUUCAUCCCGAGCUGGACCGUCUGGACAAAAGGUACAUUACCUUGCGGCCGAAAAAUGUAUACAACUUGCGAAUGAAGUCUUCGGUUUUAAUGGCUGGUCCAGUCAAAUCAAGGAAGUCCAGGUGGACUUCGUAGAAGAGAACCCGCAGACUUUCAGAGUCAAUCUCGGCCUAUCAGUUAUUGUACGUGUUACUCUUCGAGAUGGCACAUUUCACGAAGACAUCGGAUAUGGACAUAUGGAGAAUUGCAAAGGGAAAGCUGCUGCGUUCGAGAAGGCUAAGAAGGAAGGAACUACGGAUGCUUUGAAGAGAGCUUUGAGGAACUUUGGCAAUGUCCUUGGCAAUUGCAUCUACGACAAGGAAUACUUGAAGAACGUCUCGAAAGUCAAGGCCGCGCCGACGAAAUGGGACGUGGAUAGGUUACAUCGACACUCAGACUAUACACCGGUCAAGAGAGAAGCGGAGUCGAAGUUGCUCGACGACAAGUCACAGAAUGGAGCUGCUGGAGCCAAUAACGCCACUGAUGAUACAAUAGAGGAUGAAUUUGGAGAAUUCGAUGAAGCAGACUUCAACGUGGCAGACCCGGAUGCUCAUCCGGAUGAGGUUGCUCUGACAGAGCCACCAAUCCCAUCCCGCCACUUCAACAAUGGACCAUCUGGUAACACAACAAAUGGAACGGUUCCCAACCAAAAUCGACCGCCAGUCAACCGACCGCAACCAAUGGCAGCUCCUGCACGAGGAACCAAUUCAGCCCAAAAUAAUGCUAAUCAACCACAACCUCAAACUCCAAGUGGUGGCCUUACAAGAUCUACGAGUUGGGCAGGUCCUGGACCUCGUCCGAAUUCAGAAGCAGCUCCACAACCACGACCACCAAACCCACAGUUGAACCCUCCAGUUGGACGACGAAUUCUGAAUCAACCGAGUCGUAAUGGACCACCAUCAGCACCAGUAUCUCCUGCCAAGCAACUGCCGUCUUCUGGAGGAGACAGCGACAUAGUUUCCUUGCCGCCACAAGGAGCAGGCUUCUUCUCAGCUCGAGCAGCACAAAUGAUUCCAGAAGGUAAAGCCACUGAAGGACCUCCAGCCCCUAUACCCAGCCAUUUCCCAGCAUUCAACCCUCAUGCCGAGUCUCCAUCCAUUCGAAAAACCCCAGGAAUCGACCAUAAGUCAUCCAAACCACUUACUCGAGAUUUGAAGCACGUCCCAGGAUCAACGCAAUCUGCAGCCCUGAGUGGUCCUAUUGCAAGACCUAAUGUCAUAAAUCCGCAACUCGAUGCUGCCAGACGGAUUGGUGCUCCCGGCAGUCCAAGUCCCAUGGGCAACAGAAGUCAGUAUAAGCCACCUACGACAGUCAAGAGAGGAUUCGACAACGCGGGUGCAACGGCUGGUGCAAAUGGAAGGACGCCAUUGACAGACCUACCAGCUAAUGGACCUAUUGGUGCCGACGCUGGAGGAGAUUUGAAGAGGCAGCGACUAAAUGGCUAAAUGUAUAACUGAACAGAAAAACGGACACGGCGUUCUGGGUGUGUGGGUGGAUUAUUACUAGACUGCUAACGAGCAUGGUGUAAUGGAGUUGGAGAUUUUGGCGUCUUACUUGUACAUGUUAAACUUUUGGACUUUGCUGGAGAACUUUGCUGAGACAAAACAUCAGGUAUUCACUUGUCAUGAAAAGAAUGAAGG